AUGGCGGGACCAGUGGUGAGCAGAUCGCCAGCAUGCCUUUGGUGCGUGCGGAGGCUAGCACAGCCCUUUCUAUCCCCCAACGGUCCCGUCAACUCCCUCCCACUGGUUCAAACUCGAGCAAAGUCCACCCAUCUCGUCCCCAGCGACAAGGGAGUUGUCGUCCGCCUGUUAGCAAAUAUCCCCAAGUUUGGCAGGAAAGAUGCCAUCUUCCGUGUCGAGCGCGGCCGCAUGCGCAACGAGUGGUUUCCCCGCAAAUUGGCGGAAUAUAUGACUGUGGCCCGCUUCAAGGAGCUCGGCCUAUCCCUCAAGAAUGAUGUCGGCGAGAGGGACCCGACGUUUGUCGAUAUGAAGGUGCUGGAGCAGUUGCCUGCCACGAAGCCACCUGCCCCGGUAGCCGAACCUCAGCAGGCCGCCAAGCCUGUGAAGAAGACCAUCAAGCCGGAGAGAGUGCGUGAGCUUCUUGAAAGGCUUGUUCCGAAAACCAUCACCUUCUAUCGUAUCCCGAUUCCUGCCCCGCCAUCCAAUACGGCAACCAUAUCACCUCUCGUCGCUGUUGCCGCGGCCCAGGAGACCCCACAGGGACCCCUCGCGAUCUAUGGCUCUGUAUCAACCAAGGACAUUGCGAGUUCGAUAAAGAGCUGCAUAUCUGCCGACGAGGACGGGACUCAGAUCAACAUCGAGCCCGCUCAUGUCACCGUGCUAGGUUUGAAGGACGAAAUCAACAAGAUCAAGGAGCUAGGACGCUUCGAAGUGAAGGUAUCGAUUGGAAACUCGGAUCUGGAGCCUAUCACCAGGUCUGUCGAGGUUCUCCCCAGUGAAGAGAAGACACAAGAGCCACGGCCAGCGUCGAAGAAGACUGCCGUAUAGGAAAGACAAGGAACGUCCCAUGCCAACGGCCGGCUGGUAGCCUGUCAACACUAAGUUGAAUCAGGGGAGUGGACCGGGCUGGAUUGUAUAAUUUAAUUGUAACUAUCACUGUGUACAUACACGUGUACCAUUGCAUGCACCGCUUACGACAUAUUACGAAAACAUUCUAGCCUGAUGAUGCAGCAGGGUCUGCCAUGACUUCCCUGACAUUAUUC